AUCAGCCUCCCUUCCCCAGCUGUGACUGCGCCGGAACCUCUCAGCUGCUUGGACCAUGGACUCCGGGGAAUGCACCUGCAUGUCUGGAGGAACCUGUGCCUGUGGAGACAACUGCAAAUGCACAACUUGCAGCUGUAAAACGUGUCGAAAAAGCUGCUGUCCUUGCUGCCCCCCGGGCUGCGCCAAGUGUGCUCGGGGCUGCAUCUGCAAAGGGGCGUCAGACAAAUGCAGCUGCUGCCCCUGAAAUGCAUCCGUCGUGCUGGUGACGAGGCCCGGGAAGCAUGUGUAUAGUGCCUUAGCGGAGGAGUUGGAAUGAUUGUACAAUAGGCUGUGCUUUUUAUAUAUUUGUCCACGUCGGGUGUUGGUGACAUUCACAGAAAGUGUUUGGAUCAAUAAAGUUUUCACUUGUG